CGCUCCCUGCUCUUCAGGCCCUCAUUCACUGGGAGGGUGAGGGUGGUAACAGUAGCAGUAGCUGUAGCAGCAGCAGCAGCUAUUUGAUAGCCCGGUCAUGUCUGCACCUGCCAUGGGGACCACAAAAACAGCUCCUAAUGAUGGUAGCCACAAGAAGAAGAAAGGCCCGGGCACACUGGCCACCGCCUAUCUGGUCAUCUACAACGUGGUGAUGACAGCGGGGUGGUUGGUCAUCGCUGUGGGUCUUGUCCGCGCCUACCUUACCAGAGGCAGCUACCAUGGUCUUUACUACUCAAUAGAGAAGCCGCUGAAGUUCUUCCAGACUGGUGCUCUUCUUGAGAUUUUGCAUUGUGCUGUUGGAAUUGUGCCCUCCUCUGUGGUCCUGACUGGAUUUCAGGUGAUGUCACGGGUGUUCCUCACUUGGGCUGUGACGCACAGUGUGAGAGAAGUCCAGAGUGAAGACAGUGUGCUUCUCUUUGUGGUGGCUUGGACCAUCACAGAGAUCAUCCGUUACUCCUUCUACACCUUCAGCUUGCUUAACCACCUGCCUUACCUCAUUAAAUGGGCAAGAUACACAUUCUUCAUUGUGCUGUACCCCAUGGGAGUGACUGGAGAACUUCUCACUAUCUAUGCUGCGCUGCCUUAUGUUCAGAAGACAGGCCUCUACUCUGUCACUCUGCCCAACAAGUAUAACUUCUCCUUCGACUACUAUACCUUUCUCAUCCUCACCAUGGUCUCAUACAUCCCUUUGUUCCCCCAGCUCUACUUCCACAUGUUGCGACAGAGAAAGAAGGUCCUGGGUCACGUGGAGGAGUACACCAAAGUGGAGUAAACAAGCAUCCAGCGCUCCACGCAAAGCAGACUGAUCCUGUGGAGAAAAGGGAAAAAGAUGACCUUUCCAAUCCACACCUGGCUGAUUUAAAACAAGUAAAAAGUCUGCUUGACGAUAAACAGAGCCCAGCUUUUUUUUUUUUUUCCCAAGAACAAGAAGGUACCUGAAGAUGAUUUUUAACAAUGUGAGUUGAUAGAGAAUGGGCUCUUGCAGUGUGUGAUUUUAAGGAUAUUGAUAACAAUAUGAUAUCAAUGGUUUGAGCCCCCUUGAGAGGCAAAUGCAGUUCUUCAUGCUAAUACAAUGCUUACUGGUUUGUUUUUAAUGAAUCUAAUAUGGUUGCACUGACUUUAGUGAGGGAAAUAGGUAGUUUUGGCUUUCACCUGAAGUAACUGUAGAAUUGGAAAUGAUCACCUUUCCUUUACAAGAGCUACUCGAACAUACCUCUCCCUUGUACUGUGCCCUGUGUAUUUGGAAGUAUCAGUAGCAGUUUUGUUCAUGCACAGGCAAGGGGCCGAGCUGACGAUUAAGUCUUGAAUCUGUGUUUUUGUGCUUUCUACAUGACCCUUUGUCCAACAUAUGAUCACAUUCCUUUUGCUAGAUGUUUUGAUGGAAAACUAAUUUUUGAAGUACAAAACAAUUUCAGUUAUUGUUGCUCUUCACUGAUUUGCUCAGGACUUGUAUUCUCUGUACUGACUCCUUGUCCAUGACUUCUGGUUGCAUAUUUCUUUCUUCUUUCAGUGUUAAUUGUUCGAUAAGGGUCAUGUUAAUGACUUUAACGAGAAUUGUGUUGUUGGUAGUUGUUUUGUUUAAUAUUGGCUGUGGGUUGUUGGUUUGUAGCUGUUUGUUUGGAACGUGGUCCCUUCAGCAAGUAGCACUCGAGCUGAACUGACUGUACAGGAACGCCAUAGACGUGACUUGCGUUUAUGUUUUCCCUAAUUCACUUUACUCAAGCUUUUAUUAUUUGAUGAAACCUUGACAUCUCACCUCGAAGUCCUGUCUGUGGCUGAUUUCCUUUAGUUGUUUCCAAAGUGUUUGAUUGAAAGAGGGCAGCAUUUGGGCUGGAAGAGCACGCGCCGGCAGGAAGCUAGUGCAGGCCCUAGCUCCAGGGCCAAUUGGAUUAGACUGCCUCCAGUCAUGCAUUUCCAAUGAGUAAAAUCUAAUAAUGUGGUGAGCAGGCCAGGAGUCAGGAGUUGCUGAGCACUUCAUUGUCCGUCUGCCCUCGCUGUCAGCAGCAACAAAACUAAGCAAGCCCAAGCCUCCAAGAUGGGCUUGCUCAUUAGUUCUAAUGCACAAGUUGCAGACUUGCCUUUUCCCCACUGUUUGGGUCUGAACUCUUCCAAAGGGUAAAGUAUACAAGCACAGUCAGUAGCUCUUUCUGGAACAGCUGAACUAAUUAAUCACAAACAAGCUGAAAAAUCUGGUAAUCAAAAGCAAAAUCUCAAUAUUUUUCUGUUUGAAUAUUUAUGAUCCAAGCUACAUUUAUGACAUUCACCUGCUUGCUGAUAUGCUAUGUUACCUGUAAAUCCCCUGAAAGAAAUGCUGACCUCAAUUAAUGUUCCUACACCAUAACUACAAAGGAAACGGUUGACAUGGCAAGACCUUUUGGAAUGUGCAUCUGGAAUUAAACUGCAUGAAAGAUCAAGUUACACCAUAACUGGGGUGGUAAUGCCUAGGUUAACUCGUUAGAAGCAUGACCCUUAAUGCUAUCAGACAACAUUUGGGCUUUUGAUACAAAGGAUUUGCAUGGGACCAGCAGACUUUGUAUGAUUAGUAAAACAGUUCUAUAUUUACAAUAAACUCAUAACCUGGAAAACCAA